CUUCGAGGAAGGGCAUAUCGCUCGACACCACGAUGGGCGUGAUCGGCAAGUGCUGCUGCUUGACUGCCCUCUUGUCCAAGCUUCUGUGCAUCGCAUGCACAUUUGGCCCUCUCAUCUUUACGUAUCUGCUCUACGUCUUCUACAUCAAACCGUGGGGCGAGAAGCAAGUCCAGGAACUCACUCGCGGCAUCAAUCUGACCAGUCCAUCCGUGAAUUGCUCGGGGUGCGUUGUCGGAGUCAACACGCAGUUUCCAACAACGACGACGGGCAUCUUGCACUUUAUGGACACGUCCGGCGGGAAAGCGUCGAGCGCUGCGGUGGGGAUAUCGCUGUUUGCCACGAUUGCCGCCGUCUUGGCGGGUACUGCAGUUGGUGGGUCUGUGGCCCAACUUGGCAGCUCUGGUAGCAUGGGAGCUGGUGUGUACGAGAUGAUGGCGAUUGUGGAGCAAGCGCAAUUUGUGGGGCUCCUUGGCCAGCUCGCCACCGGAGGAGUCCCGACGUUCUUUCAACAAUUCACCAAGGAUCUGGCCUGGGUGAACUUUAACGUUGCCAAGCUUGCCAACACGGACCCGGCCCCGCGGCGCCAAUUGCUCAACCUCCUCGAAGCGCAACACCAGCAGACGGGGGUCGAGCGGUACGCCACCAUGGUGGGCGUGCUGCCAGAGGACCUUUUCUACUAUACACUCGUCGCACUUGGCGUUGUACUAGGCGCAGUCCUCGCGCUGUACGUUGUGGUGGUCUUGAUCAUGUCGUGCUGCCGCAAGUCGUCCAAAGAGAGCCUGUGGGUCACAUAUUUUCGCAAAGUCAUCUGGGCCUACGUGCUCAUCCUGCUCCUGGCGCUGUACAUUUUAUCCAUGACGGGGUCGUACCGCGCGUAUGACGCGUUCCAGAAGAGCUCUGGGACAGGUGCAGGGUCGAUGGCGAUCGUGAUCCUGCUCGCCAUCAUCGGGACGACGCUUGUGUACGGCAUCCUCGUCAUUGCCUCAAACUCGUCCGAACUGCACGAUGUGGGCACUUACGAGCACGAACAGCGGCCAUUCAACGCCAAGUACGGCCCGUACUACGAAGAAUUCAACGUGGACAAUCGAUAUUUCUUUGUUCCGAAGGCGCUGCUUGCGAUCACGACCGGGGUCAUUGUCGGCGUCGUGCAAUCGCCCAUGUGGCAGCUUGGUCUCCUCGUCGGGGCGAACCUCGUCUUUUUGCUCGCACUCGUCGUCCGCGAACCGUUCCUCUUGCGCUUCCUGUUUUACAUUGGCGUUCUCUCGUCGUUCUUCAAGACAUUUCUUCUCAUCUUGAUGGUCAUCAUGGUCCGCGACGACGUCUUUCCUCAAAAAGUUCGCGACAACGUGGCAUACGUCAUUGUCGGCGUGAAUCUGGCGGUGUUUGCGCUCUUGGUCAUUCGGCAGUUGUACGUGGCGGGGCGCAAAAUCUUGCUGUCGUGCGGCGCCAAGAAGAAGGACUCGUCCCGCGAUCGAGCCAACUUUGACCAGCACGAGCGUGAAUCACCUGUUCACACUCCGAUGAAUCGCCAACCUCAAGAAGCCAACUUUACCAACGACCUCGAACGAUGCCAGCCACCUCCAAGCCGCCAAGCCAUGCGUGAACCGUUGAAUGCUCAGGCCAACUCGUCCUCGGAUGCGGCACUUGCAACUUACCACACAGACGUCGCUCCCUUGUCGAAUCGUGAUAUGCCUCUCCCUCGCGUUUCGGCAGGAGCUGCUCACCAGGAUAUCGGGACCUUGCCUCCGGCGCGCAGUAGUUUCAAUUUUCGUGCAUCAGAAGCUAUUCCAACGUCCGCGGUUCGUACGACAACAGCGACAUCUCCCUUGACUGUGCUACCGCCUCCACCAAAGCCGUACUCGUGGCAGCCACCGCCGCAGUCCCCGCAAGCGAUCUCUGCCGCCGCGAAGUUUUCUGUGAGUGGUGGUGCGGCCACGAUGGCUUCGCCUCGUGUGCAUGACGACAACGAAUACGAUCUCGAUCGUGAAAUCCAUGGCCAGGACGAUCCUGUGCCGCCGAUGGCUGUUUUGGACUCCCUCAAGUCGGGGGAUUCGUACGGGUCAACCCAAUCGUUCGGCUCGUACGGGAGCAACUUCCAAAGCCAGAGCUCCGAUUUCAGCGAUUCGUCGUCUGUGGGUGGCGCGGCAGCCAUCGCGUACCUCCGGCGCAAGUCGUCGUACGAGAACUACGUGUCCCAGCAACCGGGAGGGAGCAUUCCGUUCGUGCAGCCUCGACAGGGUGGCCAACCGCGGUUCCACCAAGGCUCCAGCUCACACGAAUCGUUUUCGUCGUCCUUCCACGGAGGCGACUCGAUGACGAGUCGAUCGCCGACGACGGACAGUCGUCGAAGCAACACGCUGCUCGACAGCUUUCAAUCGUAUCAAAGUGCACACUUCUCCGACGGCUCAUCGAUCGAUCGCUUCCAAGCGAACGACAGCUUCCGAUCCAACGGACUAGGCAUGGCAUCGGAAGGGUCGGCCGUACUGGACACCCUUGCCGCCAAGUACUUGGCCGAGUUGUCGCACAACGAGAAUGCCGUGGCAACUCCAGACAACGCGACGCCCAUCAGUCCGUCUAGCGUCCCCAAGCUCGAUCGACGGGCCACCACAGCGCGCCAACGGUCUCACAGCAUGGACGAGGCAUGGGAGCGGGCGAUCGCAACGGAUCCGCCCGCACAACCCACGUCGCUUGCGUCGCGGCACUCGGAGUCGUCCCUUGUUCCCUACAAUCUGACUGGCGACGGCGUGAAGCGCCAGUCGGUGUACCUUCGGUACAUUGCCAACGACCAGACGCAUUCGUUUUUGGAAUCGGAGGACGAAAUCGAUCUGUAGGCCAAAAACGCAAGCGCGGCAUCGUGUUCAUUUAUCGAUGCGUACGUGGUUGUGAGUGGGCUGGUUGUCCCCGAUGCUCUCGUCCGACGCGCGCGCGGUAGCACCAGUGGGAGCUGCCAUGUUUAUGCCAGCGCGGUCCUGUGCUGGAAAACGCGCCGCUAUCCCUGGAAUGGUUGGGUCGAAGGAGGGCGUCGACGGGACGAAGAGCACACUUCCCCCGCAUGGUGACGGCAAUGGCGAACGGUCAACGUGUUGCAGAGCCGCGACCAUGCGAGUAUGUGGAGAUUAAAUGAAAUUCAUAGAUUACGAUUUUACUACGACAGAGUGCCAACGACGGCACGUAGUUGCAAGGACCAGUCGCUCGUACGUUCGCCAUGCUGACGUCGGGGUGUUGCAGCAAAAUACGCAGGCGGCGGAAGCGUCGAGAGGCUUGACGUUCCAGCGACCAACUGAAACAAAGGCGUCUCCGCGACCACCGCCGCCAGCGUUCUUCUAUCCUAACCGAUCGUGGCGCGAGACCACUUAGAGCACCAACGCUUGGGCCACCGCGUAAUCGCCAGAGUGCGUGAUGGACAACUUGAUGCUGGAGAGGUUGGACGUUUGGAACGCUUCCAAUGCUCGGCCGGUCAGCGUCACGGUUGGCGCACCAGACGUGGCCUUGCCGACUUCAAUGUCAAUAAGUGGAGCGUCAGCGCCUUCCGUGAUCUUGGCGCUCGGGUUGGCGUUGCAAAUGGCCUUGAUCACAGCUUCCUUGGCAGCCCAUCGACCGGCAAACGACGACGCUGCGCUCGCAGACGCCUCGCAGUACGCGAUCUCGACCGGCGUAAAGUUGCGUUGGAUAAACACUUGCUUGUUGGCGUAGUCCGCGAACGUCGCGACCGGUUCGACGUCGAUGCCGAGGCCUUGGCCAGACGACAGGAUCAACUGCGCACCAGACUGCGCGAGCGAGCUUUCAAGCAUCUUCUUGGGCAACUCGUCGACGGACGGUGUCGGCGCGACCGCCGCCAUGACAUCCGUGGCUUGUUUGACGGCCUUGGCAGACGAAACGUCGCCAAAUGUCCACGUCUUUUCCUUGGUGUUGUAGCUGGCACGGGCCAAGGGGUUCAAGUACACGUUCAUCUCGUUUUCAGUCGUGUACGGCGCAUGCUCCUUGACGCGGACAAGCGUGUUCUUGCCAGACAAGACGUCCUGCAUGUACUGGUGCAACCCGCCAGCACGCUGGGAGCGCUGGGUUACGUACUUGGCAAACUGGGCAUCGGACAAUGCGGCGAGGAGGUAGUUGGGGUGAAUCAAGAGCACUUCCGCGCCGGCUUGGCCGAACCCAAAGCUCUUCAUGAGCGCCGCCUUGAUGCCGUCCGUUUGGAUGCUACGGUUCGGGUACACGAGCAUGUCGAACUUUUGGAGUUCGGGCGCCGUGUUGUCGUUGUUGGCGUUCCCGGGCACAAUGCCCGACUGAAUGAUUUGAAGGAGACCGUUGAACAUCCACGCGGCUGCCGCACCCUUGGGGUGCCCGGUCAAGUACUUUUGACACACAACCAUGAUCGGGUUGCCCGAUGUGCGACCGAGGUGUUCAAGCUGGCGGUGCGUGAUCUCACUCUCGUUCUUGUCGUUCGCGUUGGUGCCCGUCCCAUGGAAACUGGCAACGCCAAUGUCGUCCGUGGUGAGGCCCCACAUGUUGAGCGCCCCACGCAGCGGCGAAAUGCCAGCGUUGCCCUUGAAGUACUCAUGUCCCCACGUGAAUUGAGCUUGCUUGACCUUCUUCUCGGCCAAUUCGUGCACCAUGUCGGCAUCGUACAACGACUGGACGCCAGCCGCGAUGUUCUUGAGCUGGCGCGCCUUCCACUGCUCAAUCGCUUCAAGUUCUUCUUCGAAUUGAGCGCGGCGGAAGGCAGGGUUCAAGAGCGCAUUGCGCAUGUUGUCGUUGCCGACGACAUGUUCGCGCGCCGUGGUCGACACACCCUUGCCGGGAGCAGGGACCGACCGGCCGUUCUUGUCCGUGGCCGUAUUCGUGAUGCCGACCACACCGUAGAUAGGCACACCCAUGUCCAGGGCCAAGGCGGCAUCCAUGAGCACUUGAAUGCCGGCACCUUGCGCUUCCAUAAAGCCCCCACGAGUGUCCGUGCACGGACGGCACAUUUCACGAGGGUCGCGACCCAUCGCGGUUUCCUUUUCCGAAUCACUCGUCGCCUUCAUUUGGGCAAAUUCGUACGACCCGACUUCGCAGAAGUCAUCGUACCCCCCAACAAGGACGACGCGGGCCUUGCCGCUCAAGAUGGUUUCGACACCAAUGUCGACCGACUCGGCAGCCGUCGCACACGCACCGACGGGGGUCUUGAUCGGGCCAGACGACGACAGGAGCAGCAUGUUGACCCACGCUGACAUCGUGUUGAUGAAGCACUCUUGCAACGAGUCGGACGGGAUGUUCUUGCCGAUGGCGCGGUCGUGGUAGAUGCGGCGCAGCGACCGCAUCCCGCCCAUGCCAGACCCUGACGUGUUUCCGACUUGCGACACAUGAACGUAUUGGUAAAACUCGUACGGGUCUGUGAUACCCGCCGAGAUCAACGCUUCGGCGGUCGACACCAACGUGAAGAGCGUGAUCGGGUCGACUGCUUCGGCAAUGUCGGCAGGUACACCGUAGCGCUUGGCAUCCCAUCCCGUGGGAAUUUGGCCCGCGACCCAACGGUUGAAGUGGAGCGACUUGGGGAUCGAGAGCACGGCGCCUUGGCGCAAGCGAAGCAUCCACGUCCCGUCCAGCUCAAACACGUCGCAGUUCUCCUCGCCGAGUUCCUUUUGGUACUCGAGGCCUUCUUCGCGGCUCGCGACUUCGAUCGGGCGCAUGUUCUUGUCCACCGCGACUUGCUGCAAAAACAUCUUCUUCUUCGGGUCGUACCCGUCAAAGAGCUCGGGUUCGACAACGCGGAUGCCCGAGUGCUUGAGGAUGCUCUCUUCGUACAAGGACUUGACCUGCGUGUCGGCGACAGGGUCCUUCGUCUUGGCGUCAACCCAACCGAUGUAGUGCUCGCCAGACUUGGCCGGGCCGUUGUGGUAUGUGAUGUACCCCAACAUCCACGCGAGUUCGAUGCACCCUUCGAGGGAAAACACACCGUACGACUCCAUUUCCCAACGAGUGCGCGAGUUUCCCCAAGGCCCGACUUCGCCGAACCCGACGACCACGAUCGUUUUUUCCAAAUUGAUCAUGCCUUGGUAGUCCUUGCCGAGUUUGCGCAGCUCUGACGCAGGUGGAAGGUCGGGGAACUGCGAGUAGUACUUGUGCAUGUUGGCGCGGUUGAGCACGGGCUUGUCGUCGUCAUCCGUGGCAACGGCACUGUCCUUCUUGUGGUCGUCGACGCUGGCCCGGCGGAUCUUGGAUUCCUCCAUAAUCGACGCGCGAAUCUUGUCCGUUUGGACCUUCAAGUCGUGCAAUUGUGCCAUGCCGCCACCCAAGUCGACCCACAACGGGGCCUUGGCCGCCGCUGCGACCAUGCGGGGAUGCAAGAUCGACGUCAAGUUGAAUGCCAUUUCGAUUUGGCUGAACGUGCGAACGCCCAGUUGCUCGAUGCCGGCAGACACAAAGUUGUUUCCAGCCAUCAAUCCGGUGCCGCGGGUCCACCCAAUGACGGCGCCACCGACGCUGAUGUAGUCCUCCCAUCCUUCCGAAUGCCACUUGUUCAUCAACGCUUCCAAACCAAGCUUGGCUUCAGCGUACAGCCCAUCGCCACCCAUGGUCCCGUGGUUGGGGGACAGGGGGAGCAUGGCCAAACAAGGGCGCGUGCGGAUGUUUUGGGCGCGCUUGUAGUCGAUGAUCUUGCCGAGGAUGCGGUACGUGUUGGUCAACAUGAUGCGGUGGGCCAACUCGGACUUGGAAUCAAUGUCGGCAAGGGUUGGGCCCACAACGGAAAUCGCACCGAAAGGAAUGACAAAGUCCAGAUCCAACUUGAGCUGCUCGUAGAUGUGCGCGACCAACGACCCGCAGUCCUUGGACGAGGCUUGGUUGAACGGCAGCAAGAUCAACUUGGACCCGCGGGACCCGUGGUUCUCGUACACGUUGCGGAAGAACUUGGUCGACUUGGACGAGAAGCUGCUCGUCGUGCAAAUGACGGUAGCCCCGCCUUCCAACAACGCCUUGACGACUUCGCUCGCGAUCGAGUCGCGGCCGCAACCAGUCACGAGCGCGUUCUUGCCGACGAACGACACCCCAGACGUCGCGAUUUCGUGCAUGCUGAGCAAAAAGUCCUUGGUCAAGUGCUCGUCCACCACGCGGUUGGUCGGGUCGACAUGGUCCGCCUUGCGAAUGUGGACAUACGGCAGCACAUGCUGCGUCGCAUUGGCAGCUUUGGCGCGCUUCAGGCGGCGGGUGACCGCCUUCAAGCCCCACAACUUGGAGCCAUGGACACGCGUGCUGCGUUUGGCAGCGAUGCGUUUAUUGAACGCUGGUUCGCUGCUCACGCUGUUCACGUCACUCUCGUGGCCAUCGUCGAGCUCGGCGGUUUCCAUGCCUCGCACCAACGCGACCGACGAGUGCGCGCUCUUGGGGGACGCGAUUUUGUGGUCGUCGGUGCGGUAGGCAAAUCCUCGCGACAGUUCAUCGACGUAGUCGACGGACGUCGCACCGCGAGGCACUUCCUUGUACACGAUGUUCCCGUUGGCUUCGACAGUGACCUCCGGACGGAACGGUUGGAGCAAUUGCAUGUGGACGGGGUCGCGGUCCAUCCAUUUUUCGACUUCUUCGUUCAAAAGUUGAAUGGCUUGGGCGUACUCCAAGUUGCCGUUGGCCUGCUGGCGCGACAAGAAGAACUCGGUCGCAGCCAAGAGCUCGGGCGUUGCGCGGUUGCACAAGAACGGCUUGAACCAGCCUUGGGGCUCGCCCAUCUUGGUGAGUUGCGACGCGUCCGCGUUGAGGAAUGCGGACAUUUCCGCCAAGUGCGCGUCGCGGUCGAAGCCCGCGCCAUGGCUCUUCUUGGACGGGAUCGUGUUGGCCAGCGUCUUGUAGUAAAAGUCCAACGCGUCUUGCAUGACCCAGUUCCACGAACUGUCGUAGAUGCGGAUCUUGUUGGCGUCGAACUUGGCUUGAAUGCCCUUUUCGUAGUACUCGCCAUGUUCGGUAACCCACAAGUCGACUUGUUUUUCCAAGUCGCGGCGCAGUGCUUCGUCCGAGUUGGUCUUCUUGAGUGCGUCCAACGGGUCGAACUUCAUGAACGCUUGGUACGCCGUGACUUGAUCACGGAGCAUCGUGAUCAUUUCGUUGCGGAGGCCGUCAAGCGCUGCAGACGACACGCCGCCGCCGCCGCCACCCAUCAUGGCCAUGCCGCCGCCCACCGCAGGGCCGGCCUUGGACGCGUACGGAAUCGUGACACCAGCAAUCGAACCAUACUCGUCCACCACAGAGUUGAUCCAAGUCUUGGCGUCAGCUUCCGUCGCAAAACGGGCUUCAGGCAUGUUGAUUAACGAGUGGAUCAAGGCGAUUUCGAUGCGCUUGGGUCCCAGCACUCGCUCUUGCGCCAUGUAGGCACGCAAUUGCGAAGCGGAGAAACCACCAGGAAGCUUGGCGCUGAGCAUCUUGGCUACCGUCGACGUAAAGUACUUGCCAGGCUUAGUGUACCCGGCAAACUUGGGCGCGAGGUCGCCGAUCUUGGUUUCGGCGACACCAUCGACACCACCGCCGAACUCGGCUUCGAGCUCGCCCACGACUUCGUUUUGGACAGCCGACUUGCCUGCGGCCAAGUCGUGGACACUGACAGCGUCGGUAACGUCAGCGAACUUCUUCUUGAACUUGUGGGCCAAGAACGCCUUGAGACCAUACGCGGCAGUGAUGUCUGCGUCAGGCACGGGUUCAACGGCAGCCGCGGCGCUGAACGACGGCAUCAUCAUCAUGGCGCCACCGCCACCUCCUUGGGCAGCGCCGCCCUUCGAGAUGGAGACACCGGCAAACUUGGCGUAAUCGGCCACGACAGUAUCCAACCACGACUUGGCCACGCCUUCGUUGGCAUGCCGGGAGGCAGGAGGGAAAAGGAGGGCAUGCAUGAGCACACUGUCCACGCGGCCAGCGCCCAAACCAAAUUCUGUCGACAAAUAGGUCUUGACUUGGUUGAUGUUGAACCCACCAGGCAAUUGCUUGCGGACAAAGUCGGUCGUGAGUGUGCCAAAGACUGGCCCAAAGCCCUUGUACGACUUGAACGACGACGCCAAGACCGAGAGCGGCAAUUCAGGUACGCGGUCGACGCCACCACCGAACUCCUUCUCCAAUUCGCCCACAACUUCAUUCUGAGCGGCGGACUUGCCAGCGGCCAGACCUUGGAUCGUCGCGUUGUCGUCGAUUUCGGCCAAUUGCUUUUUGAAACGAUGGGCAAGGAACACACGAAGCACAUGGUUAGCGCUCACAGGCUCGUCGGUGACGGCGGCAGCAGGUGCGCUGGCCACAGGGGCAGGAGCGGCUACCACUACGGGGGCAGCUACCACCGGUGCAGGCGCCGCCACGACAGGGGCAGCUGGAGCAGCUUCCUCUUCGGCUUGGUUCUCCGAAGCUUCAGGAUGGGACACAGCGGCCGCUUGGGCGUGGGCGUAGUCCACAGCAGACGGAUGGUCCGACUCAUUGUCGUAAUAAAUCGUGUCGCGGUCCUUCGUGAUAAACAAGAUGUCGCACUUGGUGCGAGGGAAUCGGCCGCUUUGCAACGUGCGGGUGGCCAUGCCGGUCAAGGUGGCGGAAGGCCCAAUUUCAACGAAACGGCGCAGGCCACUGUUGAAAAGGUACGCUUGAGUCUUGAUCCACUGCACGGGCGACGCGAACUGGUACGCCAGAAGCUCAAUCACCAAAGUCCACACGAGUUCAUCCGGCGGGGUCGUGUCCCAGUUGGCCAGGAUCGGCGUCAAGCUAGGGCUGCCAGUGAGGUCCACGAUCUCUUGGACGUACUCCUUGGUACAGCUGAACGGUUUGGCAAUCAAGUUGGGGAUGUAAUGGCUUUCGAGGAGCGCCUUGUUCCCGAACAAAACGUCUUUUUUCAGCAUGGGACGCAUGAGCUCGCGGAAGGCAGGCACGCCACUGAGCAACUUGCGCGAAUGGAACGGGACGUCGAUCCCGACCAACGGAAUCGUCGACGUGCCACGUUUGAGACCGAACGUCUUGCCCUUGCUGACAAGCGCUUCCUUUUGGGAGCGCACGAGGACCAACGAUUCCUGGACAAGCGAUUCCAGCCCCACCGUUUCCAGCGACGUCGGCUGUUCACGGAGCGUCGUCAUGAUUCGCGACAACACUUCCAAAUUGACCAGUUCGCCGGCCACAACGUAUUGGGAGUCUUGAACGUUGAAAUUCACGACUUGGCACAGCUGGCCUGACUGUUCUUCGAUCAAGUCGAGGAGUUUGAAAAGCGUCAACUCGUCGAACAACUUGGACCCGACACGGGCAGGGUUGGCAGCGACCAUGCCGUAGUCCGACAAGCCGUUCACGUCGCGCUCGACAGCAUUUUGCAUCACCAUCCCGCGUAGGAACACGACUUCGGCGAGGUCCGGGGUCGCCAAGAUUUCGGCGAACGAACUGAGUGCGGCAUACUCGCCGAGCGAAUGGCCGGCAAAGUAGCAGUCGGACGGGACAACGCCGCGGGAUUUGGCUUCGUUGAACAGCGCCUUUUCCAUGAGCACCAACGCCGGUUGGCUAAACUGCGUCGCAAAGAGGAGACCAGUGGGGGCGCUGAACGUGAAGCUUUGGGUCGUGGGGGUAAUUUCAGGGAAAAGAGGUACGGUCUUGGUGCCGUUGGGGGCGGCCGCGUCGGGCUUUUGGCAUCGCAGCGCCAUGUAGUUUUCACGGAUGGCCAUGCCGCGCUUGCCACCAAAGUAAAUGGUGAGCGAGUCCGGGUUCUUGCGGACAAUGUCCAAGAUGGAGAACCCAAACUUUUCCAGCAAGUGCUGAUCACCGUCGUCCCAGAUCUUGCGCACAACUGGGGAAGACGCGUACAAGUCCAUGCCCAUACCGACUUGAGCAGACCCCUGACCGGUGAAGACGAACGCGGUCUUGGGCAUGACCACCUUGGCCUUGGCGCCAAAGACGCUUUCGCCACGGCUGUUGGCCACGUUUACGCUGAGCAAGAUGAGCCCGUCCGACACACCAGAUUGGGUCACUUGGAGGUAAAGCGACUCGCUGUUGUAUACCAUGCCCUUGAAAUCGGCGUGGUACGAUUGUAAGUGGGAAACUUGAAAUUGGUCGGCCAUGACGUCCAUGACAAGGUUGCGGACUUUGGUCGCUGUCCACAUGCCGUGCAUGAUGGGUUGGCCAUUGGGAAGGUUGGCGAACGCGGCCGAGUACGCGCAGCGAUGGAUUGGGUUCAAGUCGCGCGACGCACGAGCGUAGUCGCCAGCAAAGUCGGGGAUCGAAAUCGUGAUGGGGGUUUCCAAUAAGUUGCAUGGAGUCGCCGCCUUGCCAGCGUCCGUGGCCGGGGCCACGCGCUCCAGGUACGACGCGACGGGGUCCUUGGCAACACCAGACUCUUUGAUGGACACCGCACCGACAACUUGGUCAAAGUUGGCGCCACCAUAGACCGAACCUUGGACGUCGAACGAGCUCAACGACGAAUGGCCAUCGGCAUACACGUACGACGACUUGAGGACAAAUUUGUACGAGGCACCUGCACGCAGCAACGCGCCCGAAGUCGACUUGAACCACGACUUGUCCCCCAAAAUGGUCACCGCGGCCUUGUCGGCCAAGUGGACGACGUGGGUCGUUUCUUUCUUUUCAAACGUGUGGUGGUGGUCGGUGAACGUCCCACGGAUCAAGAACUCACUUUGUACGCGGACAACGUCGACGCCGUUCUUGGCAACGACAAUCACGCCUUGCACCAACUUGCCGGACGCGGUGUUGCGCAUGGCCGUGACAAAGCCAGUCGAGACGACCUUGUCGCCAGCGGCAAACGACCCGUCGUCGGUCGGGUCAAGCAACGUGUACGAGUGGCUCAAGUGCACCAAACGCAGCAAGUCGCCCGAGAUUUCCUUGGCAAACACAGGUGUGAUCAGCGGCUUCCAGCCCGCGACGGUACUGAAGUCCACUGGCGCAGUCGUGCGGCCGACCAGUCCCAACGACUUGUUGUACUCGUCGAUGUCUUCGGCCGUAACAACGAACGUAGCGGUGUGCGUGGCUUGUACGCUGCUUUCCAGGGCAGGUUGCGAGGAAGCUACGGUCGUGGCGAUCCAGUGCUGAGCGUAAAACGCCUUAACGUUGUGCUCCGACACUGCGUCGUCGAUGUGAAUGGGCGACCAUGACAAAGCUGGCUUGUAGUGGAACACGCGGUCGAGGGCAACGACUUCGGACGGCCAUUCGCGCGUGGCGGGACGCACAAUGUUGAGGCGCAUCGUGAUCACGUUGUCGACGGACUUCGUAAUUUCCACAACGGGCGCGGUCGGGACGACUGCAGCGUGGAUCACGCGCAGGGCGAUGGGAGUCGUGCCGUUGAAUUCGACUUGAAACGUUUGGCCAGUGCGAGGAGACAAGACUUGUGGCGUCCCGUUGGCGACCCAUUGGCGCCCAGACACGUGGUGGUCCAUGGUGAGGAGGUCGUGGAGCCAGUUGUUUGGCGUGACAACUGACGCCAGCUCAGCCAUCCAUCCGUCGGCACCAGCGUCGACAAUCGACUUGGACAGAACGAUGCGGUUGUUGGUAGCAACAGCCCGCGUCCAGCCAUCAAUGGCGACGGCGGAGACAGAACGCGAGUGCUGCGGGAACGUCUUGGCUACCAUAGUCUUGACCACGCCGUCACUGAUACCCUUGAGAAUGUCACCGACAGGUUCAUUCUUGGUCUUGAUGUGGUACACAGCCAAAGGACCCUGCAAAAUCAUGACACGGCCAGCAUCUUGGUCCGGCACAGCUUCCAGGUCUUCUGAGUACCACAGCGAAUCCUUUUUGAACCACGUGAUCAGCUCCUUGUCGAUGAUCGGAAUAAAGUUCACGGGCUUCCCGCCAAACUUGCACGAGUGGUAGAAGAAGUCGACGUCUUCGACGUUCAAAAGGGCCGUCGCGAUGCUCGGGUACGCGGCAGUGAAAGUUUGGACAAGUGCCCAAGGGUCGGUCUUGAGUUGGCUGGCCUUUUGCACCACCAACUUGGACGUGGUCGUGGCCUUGGUCAGGAAGCGCUGCUCCGUACGUUGCAAGAAGGCAAACACGCGGCUCAUGAACGUCGCGUCGAUCCAUCGCUUGCUCGACGUGACGUACAUGAGGGACACGAGGCGCGAAAUAACAUCGAGGUAGGUCAUUUGCUCGACGUCAACCACUUUGCCGCUCACGGUGCGGCCGAAGUACGGCUUUUGGAAGUCGGCAUUGACGCGGGCAAUGAUGGCGUCCUUGUCGGACAAGAUCGCUGCUUCUUGGUCCUUCAUCGGCAACGCAAAGUACUUGCGGUCAAAGUCGCGCCAGCACAAUGAGCCACGGUUUUCAAUCUUGUGGAUGGCUUCGCCGAGCUCGGACUUCAGCGUGAUGACGCCACCGGCGGACGACUCGUAACUCAACUCCCACGUCGAUUCGUCCGGGAUGCCAGGGGUCUCCACCAAGAGCGACUUGACGGCGUCGGCGGUCGCGGCUUCUUUCGCCACCAUGACGCGGGAUGCAACAAGGAUACCGUCGACAGGCAUCUUGGGUUCUCCAAACGCCAAGCUCCAUUCCCCCGUAAUGUACGGGUACGACUGCUCCGCCGAACCGAAACCAGAUCCGACAAUGAGAAUCACG